CUUUCCAUCAUCCCGCACAUUCUUGGCGUAUUUUUAAGCAAUCCCAUCUUGGUCGCAUGGUCCCUAGGUAGGUACUCUAAAUAGCCAUCAUGACGACCCUCGAAGAAGAGGCUGCGGGAUUAGUAAAGCGACACCCUGCCUGUGCUGCUUGCAACAGGUCGAAGCGCAAAUGCAGUCGACAAUCGCCCACUUGUCGCCGAUGCCGGGUGCAAAAUAUCGUCUGCGUUUACCCGGCCACAGUCCCUCAAGACAGGCUUCCUCACUCGCCUCAAUCCCUGACACAGUCCGCUACCGAGUCUCCGUCUGACUUGUCAGCAAGCGAGAAUGCCCGGUUGACUGCGGGGGACAGCUCUUUCUUUGUACCCCACCCGGCUGCGACUGUCAGCCAGCUAUCGGGCGAGAAUUCCAGCGACGAUGCCGCCUCUUGGUUCUUGACCCCAUCUUCGUGGGAAAUCGGCCAUGUACACAUCGGAGAAGACAACCGCGUCACGUACCCCGACUCCGGGCUCGAAUACUUCCUCGACCAACUGAGAUUAUGGCUUGACCAGUGGACGCGCGAGAACCACUGCCCGUUGGUGCACGCUCGGCUGUACGGAUCGGAACUCUCACGCCAUCUGCAGCAUGCCCUGGCGGCUUGGCAGGUGUACCGGGCGGCCGCAAACCCGACCAGUCGGAGGAUUGCGCUACGGACGGCGACAGACUGGUCUGGGAACCUGAUUCGGGAAAGAACCUUGGCCGAAAAUAUUCUGGGGGCUGAUGCUAUACCAAACCUCAUGGAACAAUUGGCGCGUGUGCAGGCGCUCCUCGUCUUCCAGGUCAUCGGGCUCUUUGACGGGGAUGUGCGGGCCCGCGCCCACUCCGAGGCCAUCCUGUCGACGCUUACCACCUGGGCAGAUGCGCUUCUCCAAACCGCGGCCACCGAAGUCGCAGCCCAUAACCUGGAUCCCGAGCCGGCCACACUCCUUAACCAACCUUCAAUCACACAGCUGCGAUCGGACGGCACACCGAGCUCUGCAUGGAGGGCCUGGAUCCUGUCCGAGUCUAUGCGCCGCGUGUGGAUAGUGGCCGCGUUGACCGAGGCGGCCUUUCUGAUCAUGAAGCAAGGCUUUGCUACAUGUCCGGGGAGUAUAGGAUUCACGGGGAGGAGCGGCAUCUGGGAUGCGUCAUCGCCUGGAGAGUGGAUAGCGAGCCUGACCAGACAGAGUCGGACACGGCAUCCAGUGUUCUGCCGGGGUCUCGAUCGGCUACUUGAGGAGUCUGGGUCGUCAGAUGUCGACGAGUUCACGAAAGCACUGCUUGCAUACGGGCGGGGGGCAGAGGUUUUGGCGGAUUGGAUGUCGUUUGGGUAGUGACUACAGAUAUCGAUCUAGCAAGCAAGACUGAUGUAUCCUGGGCAAAAGUGCAAGGAUAAUUUGAUCAUAGAUGGCAAAUGGUGCAGUAACGCACAAGGAUAAAUAGCAGUGUGUUUCUUGUCUAGUGACAUGAGGUUUGUUUGUCGCUGGGCGGCUCGCAUUGGUUUGUUCGAUUGACUAAGGUAGGUAGGUACCUACCCAGCCAUCAAAAAGUCCGUUCGGCCCGAGACUAAGACUGGCUGUGAGCAAUUAAAGUAUCAAAGGCUUGAUGCCACCGGAAACGGCAAAUGUUCGGACCAGAUAAAGGUGCCCGAGA